AUGGUAGAUCCAAUGGCAACAUUCAAAGAUGACGUUGACGCCGUCCGUUCGGCUAUCGGGCAGGAGACAGAAAAUGGCCGUGACGUGAUUGUCAUCACGCAUUCUUAUGGAGGAACGGUUGGCAACAGUGCUGUCAAAGGUUUCUCUAGGCCAGCCGGGUCAUCCGCAUCACGCCAAAGUUCAAUGCCAACACCGACGUCCAGCAAACGAACGCCAGAGACAGGACACGUUGUCGGUAUUAUCCCCAUUGCAACCGGAUUUUGCUUCACUGGGCUCACCUUCAUGGACCACUUUCUCAACAUAACUCCACCGUUCUUUCGCGUCAACAAAAAGACUGGCUAUGCAGAUCUCACAGUCCGUCCUCAGAAAUUCUUCUACCACGAUCUACCGCCCACCGAGGCCGAUCACGCGACUUCCAUGCUCACCACGCAAAGCCUCAAAGCACUAUUUGAAGGCAGGGAGUACUCAUACUCCGGGUGGUUAGAUGUGCCUGUAUGGUUCAUUGGAACUGUUGAAGAUCAGGGGCUGCCUAUCCUUAUCCAGAGAGCUCAGAUCGGAAUGGUGAGGAUGCUGGGUGCUCGCGUGGUUUAUACCGAGCUGAAGACAAGCCAUUCGCCAUUCCUGAGUCAGCCAAAGCAAGUUGUGCAGAUCGUGCUUCAGGCUUUCGAGUCAUUCACUGGCACAAGAGCCGACGAAACUCCAGAGACGCUCGAACUGGAAAACAGGCCGUUCAUUCCUCAAGUGAGCCUUUGGCAACCUACAACAUGGCUUCGAACGGUCAAGAGCUUGUUUCAGUCCGGGGAGACAAAGACGGACUAG